AUGGACAAAUUGCCGGUAGAGAUCCUCACCAAAAUCAUCGACUACCUCACCCCGCGUGAGAAAGUACAGCUGCAAUCCGUCUCCAGGAAGCUCUUUGGUCUCGCCCGCGACAAUAACCUCUGGCGCCUACAUUGCUACGAGCAGUCAUGGUCCGCCCUGCUGACCUCGCGUCCCGCCGGCCGGGCCACCGAGAGCCUGCGCACAAACGAGCCGGCAUCUUUGACCACACUGGGACAGACAUCUCUGCGCGAUCUGAUUCAACCGCCGGCGCCCCAUGCAGAAAACGGCGUGUCCGAUGGAGCGCCGCGGGGUAUGUCGCUCGGUGAGAAAGCAAGGGCGGCGAUGGAAUGGGAUUCUUCGGCGGAGGGAGAGGAUAUCGAUUGGUACUCGGAAUAUAUUGCUCGACAUGGACCGAUCUCACUUACCUGGGUGCAACAGCCCCGGGUCCGGAAUGCAAAGGGCCGACAAUGGGAGCGCUGUGAGGUCAAGGGCAUGGGAUUACUGAAGGAUUGGAGUUCGGCACGACAGAACAAGAUCGUGGCGCCGUUGGAUGACGGAAGUGUUUGUAUUUGGGAUCUGAAUCAUUCCCAUUGCACGGAUUCACCGACGACCAAGGGACGGGUUCUUGGGGUUAGCGAGCCGGGGAUCCUCAUGACAGACCUGUCGGGACGCAGCAGAGAGAAUGCGGCCUCGAAGACGGCGCUCGAGUUUAUCAAUCCGGGCGAGUGCGUGAGCGUGGACUCGCUGCGCCAGCGGGCCUAUUUGGCUGUUGGCAACGUACUGAACGAAGUCGAUCUAACCACGCUGAAGGUGGUCUCGCAGCAGCGCUAUCCCUGGUCGAUCUUCGCCCUCUCCCAGGAAACGGACUACUCUGUGCCCUUGACCUUGGCCACCACACUCAGUCUUCAGAUCUACGACUCUCGCCUAUCAGCGAUCGAAGAAGAGGAAGCCAUCAGCUUGCGUUGUGAGAAGGUGGUGCCUCCCUUUGUGCCAGAAUCGGGCAUCUUCGCACCCCCAGACUCACCAUUACUCAAACUCCAACCCAAUGGCCAGCCACCGCACCGCAUACGCAGCCCAGACCCUUCCGAAAAGGGCGCCAACUAUGCUCCGCUCUUCCAGCCGGGCCCUCUCGCCAUCCUCCAUCCUCCCGCCCCGCAUGUAAAUUCCAUUCUCCUUGCUGGCCGCUUCCCCAGCAUUUUGUGUUACGACCGACGUUUCUUUCCACGCCUACAGAACACUGUUCAUUCAGGCGGCCGACUAUGCGGUCUUGCUUCGGUGCCUGAGCCCCGGUUUCCGGUCUUUGCGGACAGUCGGUAUCCGGACUCGCACUCCGUGGUGGCCUGUGGCGAGUACAAUGGCCGAGGGUCUCUCGAACUAUACAGUCUGCGGUCUUCGUCGCAGACCUACACUACGAACGACAACAGCCCCUCGACAAUGUCUUCCCGUCUGACAGCCGAAUAUAAAAAUAGGCAGCGUGCCGCCAGUUCCAAGUUACUGUCCGUGGGAUCUCACGGAAACCGCCUGGUCUUCUCCGACGCGGAAGGCAACAUCAAAUGGGUCGAGCGAGACGGCCGCUCGGAAGUCCGACGCUGGAAUAUCAACACGUCUACACCUCAAUUCUCCUUUUCGCGCAACGGCCAAUCCCUAUCUGCUAGACCGGGCUCACCGCGCGGCCUCUGGCCCAGCUCGCAAUCCAACCAAAACAGCGAAGUGGCCCGCAAGAUCUUACCGACGGGUGGCAAUUUGACCGGUGAUGAGUUGUUGGUGUGGACCGGGGAACGCAUUGGUCGACUCAAGUUCUCGAUUCCGGCCGACUAUGAGGAGGAGGUUGAAGAAGAAAAUGAGGAUGACUUGUUCAUGGAUGCCGAGGUCGACGAAGCUACACGGGAAGCGAUGCGGCGGAAGCAUCGGGAUGAGUGGGAGGCCGCGCAACGGUAUGAAGAGGGGAUGCGGCGGGCACUAGAAAGACAAGCGGAUGAGGUCCGGUGGAUGGGAGCGAUGCAAUAA